GUGGUCUAUAAGUGCGAUAAGUACUGUAUCAUCAAAUGUGGUUGUGAUUUUGUGCUUCUUUAUGUGCGUAUGUGUGCAUGAAAAUUAGCAACAAAAAAUAAGAACAACGCUCGCCAAAAAGGAAAAAGUCUAAAAAUCUGAGACCUUUGCAAAGUGUGUUGUUCGCUUUCGGUGGUGCAAAAUAAUAUCAAAAACAGUGCUUUUGUUUUGGGCGAAUUGCGAAGACUACAGUAACGAGUUAGUGAGAAUUGUUUUACGAGUGAAUCGCAGCUGCGUCACAAGUGAGCACCGUCCAAACAAAGCGAAAUUUCACUGGCGAAAGAGGUUUUCCCCAUUAAGCAACAUCCUUUAGAUUCCCCAAGUGUAGGAUACCCGAAGGAAUAAAUCCGCGAAGGAGCCUGGCUCUUGGCAGAAGAAGGCAGUUGUAGGCGGUAGCAUAGAGGAAAGCGGAGGCAAAAUGGCGAACAUGGCAGUAUCCCGUAUCAAACGAGAAUUUAAAGAAGUUCUCAAAAGUGAAGAGAUUGUCCAAUGUUCUAUUAAAUUAGAUAUAGUCAACGACAACUUCACAGAGCUACGAGGUGAAAUUGCUGGUCCUCCGGAUACGCCGUACGAGGGAGGUAAAUUUUUACUCGAAAUCAAGGUCCCAGAAACGUACCCCUUCAACCCGCCGAAGGUCAAAUUCAUCACCAAAAUAUGGCAUCCCAACAUUUCCUCUGUGACCGGAGCCAUUUGUUUGGACAUCCUAAAAGACAACUGGGCAGCGGCGAUGACAUUGCGAACAGUUUUGCUAUCACUGCAGGCCCUGCUGGCAGCGGCCGAACCGGACGAUCCCCAGGACGCCAUCGUGGCAACGCAGUAUAAAGACAACCAUGAGAUGUUCAUUCUGACCGCCAAACACUGGACCAACGUGUACGCUGGCGGACCGUGCCGCAACCCGGACUUUGACCAGAAGGUACAACGGUUGCGCGACAUGGGCAUAGUCGAUUACGAAGCACGAGCCGCCCUGUCGCGGCAUAAUUGGCACCUGGAACGCGCAUCCGAACAGUUGUUUAGUUAGUUUUAUCAAAUUUCUUGCAUCCCUAUUUCAUUUUCUUGUCUGUUCCAUCGCUGAAUUGUUUCUCUGGUUUUCCGUAAUGUUUUAUGUUGAGUGGCACCGUAUAAGAAGAUUCUUGUGAAAUUGUGGAACUAUUCUGAUUAUUAUUGCAAAGCAAGCAGUCAAAUAGUGUAUCAUCGCCACUUGUUUUGGAAUGCGUAAAAAUGGGAGAAUGAUAUUUGAUAUACGAAUAAUUUCACGAAGAAUAAAAAAGACAAGCACAUAUUAUUAAAAAAAAAAUCUAAGAAGCUUGCUGCUGAGGAUGGAAGGUGAUAUCUUUUAAAUAAAUAGAAAACCAUUGAUGAUUACGCUACUUA